CUUUAUACAACUGCAGAGCUUAAAAGCUAGACCCCCUGCCUUGCUUCUUCCAAUUCCGGGCCAAUCUCCGCAACUGUUUUCAUUCCAGGAUCCGCUCACUGGACAAAGCCAAUGGCUAUUAUUUGCUGCAACAUUUCCCUUCGUCGUGUAUUAACAACGCUGGUGGUUAUGACCAUUUUAGUGGCUGAGAAAGGCGUGUGCAUCCGUAUCCCGGAUCAGAUCACUGAAACUACAAGGCUAGGGGGGAGCCACCCAGCUACCAGCCCGUCUUUGAAAUCAGCAGUUUUUGCUCUGGGUAGCUUUUGGAGGUCUGAGGCCGUGUUUGGGUGCUUGAAUGGGGUUCUUCAGACCACUGUUGGUUAUGCUGGUGGAUCCAAAACCAAUCCCGAGUACAGAAGUCCUGGGGAUCACGCCGAAUCAUUGCAGGUGGUAUAUGAUGAUAGGCUAAUCAGCUACAGGCAACUUUUAGAGGUUUUCUGGUCUAGUCAUGAUUAUAGACAAGUGUUUGGGCAAGGUCCUGAUGUAGGUAACCAUUACAGAUCUAUCAUUUUUACAAAUGGAACUGAAGAAUCUAGAUUGGCUUCUAUAAGCAAAGAGCGUGAGCAAACUAAGUCAAAGAGCAGCAUUGUCACUACUCAAAUCCAACCACUUGGACCAUUUUAUCCUGCUGAGCCUGAACAUCAGAAGUUUGAGCUGAAGCGUAGGCCCUUCCUUCUUCAACUAAUGGGAAACCUGCCUGAAGAGGAACUAGAGAGGUCGCAUUUGGCAGCAAAACUGAAUAGCUAUGCAGCAGAGCUAUGCCCUCCCAAUAUCCAGACGAAGAUUGAUAUAAGAAUCAACGACAUUAUUAAAAAAGGAUGGCCAAUUUUGAGUACUUUCUAGUUAAAUCGGGCACGCAAGCUUCAUGCACCCAAUAACAACAUAUAGUGGAGAUCAGUUGAAGUUUGCCUUGGUUACCUGCUGUUCACCACCGCAGGACUCUGAAACAAUUUCAAAAGGGCAGUUGUUGAUGUAACACUGAUUAAAAUGGGGCCAAAGAUGAACUGGAAACAAAUGCCUUGGCGGGGCUGAAUCUCCCCAAACACCCGAAUCCCUUAGAACUUAAAAUUGAAACUCAACUAUAUGAUGUCGCCCAGUAGAUGAUUGUCAAUACCUCUUUUAUGACUAAUUGUUGGAGAAAGUUGAAAGCUUCGGAGCUCUGAUUCUCCUCUCUUGGAGAUGGGCCAAACCAAGAGUAGAGGGAGGUACCCGAUGGGAAGGCCAGCUGAAAGGCAUUGGUGCCGGAGUUGUUUGUCAAUGUGGCAAUUUGGUUGUCAACUAAACAGAUUCAAAAGAACAGGGUCUAUUUGUGGAAGACAUUUUUUGUCAAUAGUCAUAUCUGAAGACGGAAGGAGUGAAGGGGGCUAGAUGUUAAUGGUGGGUGUGGUAAGCUCUUCUCUUGCAUGCAAAGAAAACAAGCCACUGAUUCAAGACUAGGGGUCAAGGUUGCC